AUGGAUCGGAUGACGCUGGUAGCUGUCCGACAACUAUUUGUUAUGUUGGGGUUAGGAGACUUGAUCGUCUUUUGGUUGAUGUGGAUUACGUUUGUGUUUGGGUACAUUGGGAAUUUGGGAUACAACAAGGGGGUUGGUGAUCUAGUGUGCUCUUGGAUUCAUGGAGCUCUGGGUUCCAUUUUUGGGUCAUUCGAUUUGUGGAUUUAUGGGCUACUCGAUUUAGGGAUUUGUGGGUUUCUCGGUGAUUCUUGCUGGUUUGCCUUAUUUGCAGAGAAUCUGCAGCAGACCAUCUUCUCCAACCAUUCCAAGGCCUCUUCAUCACUACUUUCAACAAUUGUUCUCGCCAAGUCCCGUUGCCCAAUCUCUGACAUUGAGACAAGGCAGAAGAAGACCCAAUGUUAUGCUGAUAUUGAGAGUGUCCAGGUCUGGGAGAUUGCUACGAUGAAAGCUUCGAACAGCUUUGCACUCGUUAUGAAAGUGAGUAAUACCAGGCUCGAUAUUAACAUUCAGCAUCUUUUUGUUAUGAAUAGCUUUAUAUUUAUUCUUGAUUGCUGCACACGGUAAGGCCAAAAGAGUUGUAUCUUCCCAACAACGUUGGUAUGAGGUUUUGAAAUCCCAGAUUGAAACAGGAACUCCAUACAUGCUUUUUAAGAUCAUGUUGUUCAAGUAAAGGACGGUGCAUGUAGUUGAUGCUGGAUAAAGACAGGUGGGGAACUAGAUUUGAUUCCAUGGCUAAACAAAUCAAAAUUUAACUCACCAAGCAUCGCUUCAACUUUAUAGGUUUGACACCAUGGCUGCACAAACUAAGUUCCGGGAAUAGUGGGAAGACAAGAGUUUGUAUCAAUAUGUUGGCUGUAGAAACCAAGUUCCUGCACACACUAUAUGUGGCAUGUUUAAUUUGGAACAACGUAGUUGUAUCAGCUUUUGAUGUCCCAAGUAGAUGGCCAUGCAUUUGAAUACUUUUCUUCUAUUAAUGGUUGCUUGGAUGAUUGGGAAAUGCUCCCUUUUAACAUUUGAGAUAUAUGGAAUGGGUUUGAUUACUCAUUUGAGCA